CGAGUGGAAUUUUCCAGUAUCUCAUUCAGCAAGUUUUACAACUAGUGACCAGAUAUACGACAAUUUUACGUACUAGAAAUAAAUAUCUCAAUCUGACAUUUAUUUCAGACUCUAGCAGCAGCUAAUCAGCACCUGAUCUACUGACCACUACGAUCGACUUACGACUAACUAAGAUCUCACAGCUCCUUUCUACAUCUGCGAUCUAUCUGAAAGUUACCAUGGCUCACCAGCAGCAGAUCAGCCUUCCCGCCAAGCUGAUCAAUGGUGGUAUUGCUGGCAUUGUGGGGGUCACCUGUGUGUUUCCCAUAGACCUGGUAAAGACCAGGCUACAGAACCAGAGGCAAGGCCAGCAGAUCUACAAAAACAUGAUGGACUGCCUCAUAAAAACUGUUCGAUCAGAAGGAUACUUUGGCAUGUAUAGAGGUGCUGCUGUGAAUCUGACCCUGGUCACCCCUGAGAAGGCCAUCAAACUAGCCGCAAAUGACUUCUUCCGCCAGCAUCUUAGCAAAAAUGGGAAGGGCUUGACUGUGUUUAAGGAGAUGCUGGCAGGUUGUGGUGCAGGCAUAUGCCAGGUUGUCAUUACUACUCCCAUGGAAAUGCUUAAGAUUCAACUUCAGGACGCAGGAAGGCUAGUGGCUCAGCAGAGAAUGCCAGCCACGAUGUCUCCCACUAAGCUGGCUGCCACCAACACAGUGCUGAGCAGGUCCUACAACGUGGGGCCCAGCCCUGCAGUCAGGGCGGUGUCUGCUACCCAGAUCGCCCGGGAGCUUCUGCACAAACAAGGCAUCCAGGGCCUCUACAAAGGCCUCGGGGCCACCCUGAUGAGAGAUGUUCCCUUCUCCAUGGUCUACUUCCCACUGUUCGCCCACCUUAACCGGCUGGGCCAGCCCUCUCGAGAUGAAUCAGCACCCUUCUACUGGGCCUUCCUCUCUGGCUGUCUGGCUGGCUCCACUGCAGCUGUGGCAGUCAAUCCUUGUGAUGUUGUCAAAACGAGAUUGCAAUCUCUGAGCAAAGGGGCCAACGAGGAGAGCUACAACGGUGUGGUUGACUGCGUCAGUAAGAUCAUGCGUAAGGAGGGUCCCUCUGCCUUUCUGAAGGGAGCAGGAUGCAGGGCGCUGGUCAUCGCUCCUCUCUUCGGCAUUGCACAGGUCAUGUACUUUAUUGGCAUCGGAGAGUUCAUCCUGGACCAGUCACCUUUCAACUACUUGUCUGCAUGAGAUGAGACCAACACUACCUGGCUAUGCAUUGGACUCUCUCACACGUCGGAUGAAGAAGUAUCUCAGCAAAAGACUGGCAGCUAUAUUUAAUAAGUAUAUGGUGCAGAAAAAAUUAACUACCCAAGACUGUUGAGGUGUCUGUCAGAGCUUUGGAACCUAGAAAAGAGAAAAAAUGUAACCAUUCUGUAGUUCUUGACUUCCUGUAUGGUCUAACGGCUGUACUGCACUUCCUCCAAAUGUUUUCCUGGCUUAUUUAAUGGGCUGUGACCAACGAUUGCACUUGAAGGUGUCAGUUUGCUGAACUGCGGACCAUGAAGUGCAGCAGUGGCGCUGGCCGGGGAGUCUUCCCCGUUUCCUCUCCCUCUGUGAGGGGCCACUUCAACACAACUGAAGAAUUUUUCACAGUUUUUUGUUUUCUUUAUUCAUUGUUUAUCUAAAAAUAUUUUUGAUAAUUUAAAAUUCUACUUUUGUGCUGUUGGUUGAAUGCCAUAGUGUGGUGUAAAGAUUUGUGUAGGUCACAGGAGGUUGGUGGCACCUUAAUUGGGGAGGCCUCCUAUAGCUCAGUUGGUAGAGCAUGGCGCUUGCAACGC